AUGAUCAACAUGGACAUUGACGAUUCGAAAUACCUCCUACAACUCGCUCGUGCCGGAGGAGUGAGACUGCCUCCGGGCCCUGGGGACUGGAGCGUUCAUGUGAAACCGCCCACUUCGAACCGCGACACCCCCGAGAAUGGCGAACAAUUCAUGUAUUUUACUCAACACUCCCAGCUCGCGCAACCGCCUACUCAAUCAGCCGUCCACGAAACCGGUCCUCCCCAGCAACAACCCACGCCGCCUUGGACCUCUCCCAGCUCCUACCCCGCGAACGCCGCCCGCGGUCCUCCGACCCCUCAACACUACUCCGGUCCUGCACCUCCGUCGCCGGCACACCACCUUCCGCCUCAAGCCGGCGGCAGCCCACACACCCGCGUUAACCACCAGCACGCUCACCACGCCACCCAUUCCUACAGCCGUCCGGGCAACCGACCUCACCACUCAGACGAUGUACCUCCCAACUCACAAGCGAUGGCUGCACGACAGGAAGAGGCGCGCAGGAGAAGAGCGGCGGGUGGUAUGCCGGUUUCGCCUUCUUCCAUGAACGGUUCCCCACGAGAACCGAUGGGCUACUCCCCGAAUUCCAGAGCGGCCACGGCAAGGCCUCCGCCGAACGAGAGGACUGAAGAGCCGAGUCGGAGACCGGUUCGGGCGACGAGGCAACCAGAGUCUUGGGAGUGGUAUUAUUAUGGAGAGGUGCCGCUGAACUCACGAUGA